GGGCGCCGCCAAAUCCCACUCCUGAGAAAAUAUACUCCAUAAACACGCCGAAAAUUGAUCCCGUCUUCCCGUUGAUGUACUCGUAUAUUUUGGGUGCCAAGCACGCUUAAUGCUCGUGAAUCACAGGAUAUCCGAUCCUGAUUGACUCCGGUGCGCUAUGCAGGCUGCAGGCCCGUUAAUUGUUUGCCAGUCAUCGAUUCUCUGUACGAGUACAGUAUGCCUCUGUACGACGCAUUCGUUCGCGUUGUGACUCCACUCCGGCUGUGCACUCGAUCAGCCAAAGCGGUUAUUUCACUCUGGCAAAACGGAUCGGAUUGACCUGGAUUCUGUCGUUGUAAUUUUGCUGCUUUUAUUUUUCCCUCCUGACUCUGAUCCCAUUUUCCCCAGGAUAAACCGCUUUUACAGGAUUGGGUAUUCAUUCUUCUACCAGCCUUUGACGAAAUUGUCCGCCUCGUUGGUCCGGCUGCAUCAGUCUGCACCGGACGACUUAACCUGCAAAAGCAGCUUAAAAUGCUUGGAAAGCGAAUCUUCCGGCGUUUGCGGAUUGCCAGUUCCUUUUUGCACAGCGAGUUUGCUGUGCAUUUGUCGCCAGCGUAAUUAGCAAUGGAUAUUAUGGCUUGUCUGCGAUGCUACUUCAUGCAUUUAUGGCGGAGCAAACUGCUACAGAUGAUGGACAAAACACGUUUGCCACUACACUUGUCAGGGCUUUGAUUAUUCCACUAGCCAUUCCGGUUGACUGGCGUUUUAAGAAGCUACUGUACCUGUCGAUUAAAAGCACAGAUUUUGCCCCCCACACACUUUCUGCAUGCAUUGUCGGCAACGUUAUUGCAAGUUGAUUGCGGCGAGACGCAAAUGUCGGUCGAUAAUCACAAGCAGGACGGGAACUGGGACGACUACGCGACUGGAAUUCUGAAUUGUGUGUUUUUCUUUUGAUUUAUACGAAUUCGGGUUUUCCCGUAAUUUUUAAAGUUUUUAAUUUGUUUGGAACCGUCACAGAUUUUGGACAGUAACCUAAACUUCUGCAGACAAAAUUUGGAAUUUUACCUUUUCUUUUUAAAAUGCCAUCUAUUAAGAAAAACAUUCGCAAAUUAAUGCGCAAUCUGUCCAAUCCGGGAAUCGGAAAUCACUCGCAUCAGAACGGUUGCGCUUCGACGGAAGGCGAGAAAGCCUCCACAGGGGAGCAGCGUGUAUCCUCACGAGGGCGGGCACUGCGUCGGACGGUUUGCUCGGAUUCCGUGCACCACUAUGAGUCAUCGACGCUGUCCCCGUCGCGUACCGGAAGUGAUCGCGAGUGGACAGUGCAUUCGUCACCGCAUCUGCGCAGUCCCAGUGCGGAGGGUGUUCUCGAGGAGGAAGAUAACGGGAACUUUAUUCAGCGUUAUUUGAAUGGGGAAAUCGUGCGUCUGCAUCCAAAAGUGCAGUUCGACCGUACCGGCGAGACGCUUCCCGUGCAUGUCUUGGCCCCAUUGGAUCCGCAGGUGUGCGUGUGUGUAACUGGUCCCGAUGAGGGCAUCAGUCAGAUCCCGUACCUGGGAUCGCGGCGGAUCUAUGACAAGUCCUCCACGGAGGAUUUCUACGCUGCCUUUCCGCCGGAUACAGAGGAGAAGCUUCGCCAUAUGCCAGCGAUGCUGCGUGCCGCCUACUUCGCCAAAAGCGGCCAGCAGUGUUACUUGCCGCGACAAGCCUUUCAGAAUCUUAUAGUCGGUGGACAUCGCCCGCCAAAGUCAGCUGGUAAAGAUACAAGUGUGAUGAUUAAAGGCGGCAGCGACCAAAUCAACGGCGAAGCGAUUAAGGUUGAAACAAUACAGCCUCCAUCCCAACCGCAUCCGGUCAUCCCGAACGGCCUACUGGCACCCAACCACAGCUCCGUCUUAGCCAAGACCAUUAGCGUCGUCUCCAUGACCCACAUCGGUACAGCACCGCGCGCCCGAAUCGAUGAACUGUUGGAAGAGGAGAUCCUCCUGCCUGUCACACCGACCGCCCAACCUCCCUCCGCCGUCAAUCCCAGCCCGAUGGUUAAUGGAGCGGAAGCGGCGAUGGAGCCCGAUGACCCGCCAACGACUUCCGCUGCAAUGCCGUUGCUCAACGUCAUCAUCGAGGAGAACGACGCCAUGACGGAGGCGGCCGUGGUCGGUGGAGUGGGGAGUGAUGCGGAGAGUGUCAGUGGGGCGUUGGAGGAGAUGAAGGUGGAACUGUUUGCCGAGGUGGUAACGCGGGUGGAGAGUGCAGAGGAGAGCGAAACUGGCGGGGAAAAAGUGGAGCCCGUGGAGGAGAAAGCGGCUAAGGAGAACACGCCAGUGGCAGUGCCGAAAGCACCUGGACAUCGGCGGUCGUACACCACACGAGAGAGUGGUAAAUUGAAAGACCGUAAGCGUUUUCGUUCUCUACAUCAUCAGCGUUUUCGUUCUCUACAUCAUCAGCUGUUGGAGGAUUUCCCUUUUUGUUUGGAAAGUCGCCUGCCUUGGCGGGGAUUGGAGCCCAACGAGAAUGACCCGGGUCUCUUUACGGAUCUGAGCCAGUACGGCUCGGGAACUGACCGGGCGUAUGGCGUGUCCACCACGUUAUACGAAAGACAUCCCUUGACAGGAGAAACAGCAGGCAAUCCCGUGGCCGAUGUUUUCGCGGUGUGCGCCCGCGACAAUAACGCCAUCUUGGCCAUCGCCGAUGGUGUCAAUUGGGGCGAUAAAGCCAAAGUGGCAGCGCAGUGUGCCGUGCGCGGUGCUGUGGACUUUCUGGAAGCCGUUCUUUUUCAUGAUGGACGAUUGUUCCGCAGCACUAAGGAGUUAUUCUCGGUUUUGUUGGAUGCUAUGCACGCGGCGCAUAAUUUGGUGCUGCAGGAACAUGGAGCUCUGGCUACUUUAUGUAUCGCUGCUGUAUGCCCACUGCAGGAUGCCCGACGAUAUGUUGUAUGUGUUUGCAAUGUGGGAGAUAGCUUUGCCUAUGUGUACAGCCGGAAGCAUGGUGUGCGAGAGAUUACCAAAGGCUCUCACAAUGUGAAUUCUAAUCGUGAUAUGCGGGAUGCUCUGGGUGCGCUGGGCCCCGUGGAUGGAUGCACUCCGGAGUUGUCGAACAUCACAUGCUCGAUGACGGUUGUGGAGGCGGAUGAUAUUGUCUUCCUGACGACUGAUGGCAUUUCCGAUAAUUUUGACCCGGUGAUCGGGAAGUUCUGUGUGAUUGAAAACGACGAGUCGGUGCUGAAACAGUUGAGCGAUAGGGCUACGCAGAACGGUGAUUCUUCCAUCGGCAGCAAAAAGCAAAAAGGCCGCUUCGAUGAAGAGGACGUACGGAUUCCAUUGUCAUUACCGACGGUGUCCGCCCAUCAACGCCACGAGCUGACUCUUUUGCGCAUGGAAGAUCUGAUUCGGCAUGGAAUUACGCUAGGCGAUAAGCCUUGCACCAAUGCCAGACAACUGUGCCAGUGCUUUAUUACGUUCGUUUAUCAGCUGACGGCGGCUAAGCGGCAUAUUUUGGAGGAUCCAGAUCUGUACCCCGAACCAAAAUCUGACAAACCAUCAAGCAGUCGCGCCCAGCAACGUCAUCACCGACGGAAAGCCUGUGAACGUCUGGCACUGAUGCCGGGCAAACUGGACCACGCCACCCUGGUGGCUUACCAAGUGGGCGAAUGGUGCGAUCAGGAGAACGGCCGUCUACCGCUCAGCUAUAGUCAGGUCCUUUUGAAUCUGCACACACCCGGCGAUCAUCAUCCGGUGGAGAUGGACGGCGUCAGUGAAGCGCCGCCAGUAAUGUUACGCGAACAGCGCUCACUGCUGGAAAGGUAUUCAGUGAUUGGUAGCCCGGAUAAGCACCGGCGCAGUCUGCCUUUCCGGUCCAUCGAUAGUCCGGAUGCAGAGCGGAGGAGUGUUAUGAUCAGUAAUGCCGAGGCGGUGGAGUAUGAGAUUAUCAAUUUGUGAGAGCGGGAGGGCGAUUAAUUGGGGAUGGCCAAUGCAGCUUGUUGGAAGGAUCUCUCGUGGUGUACUUUAUCUUUUGAUUUGCAGUCCGGUGAUUUUGUCUAGGUUUAAUUUUUAAAAUUGUUCCGUUUGUGAUCGGCAUCCAGCGGUGGGAUGAAUAUGUCCGUUUACUGUCCGUAGAUGCAAAGUCGGACAAAAUAAUAAACGAUGGUCAUUGGAUAAGGA